ACACAACACGAAAGAUGAAAGAAGCUGAGUAAUACCUCAACCUCAACCUCAUCCUCAUUCUCUCAUGACAUAUGUGGUCACACAGAUAAUUAUGUGCAAGAAUGUGACCACCAUGUAAACAUCGCAUGGCAACAUUUACUUGAAACAUGAUUCGUAUCAAACUCCACAUCAUGCAGCGCAAACGCCAAGAUACGGUCAAUCAACGCCAAGUGCGGUGUUUGCACAUCCAAAACCACCUGCACAAAAUCGACCGAGAUCGAAUCAGUAUCAGGGAAAUCACUCGAGCUCACAGAAUCAACAAUAUGCGGGUGGAAAUCGGCCACGCAAUUCGCAUCGCGCUUCACCUCACGUGCCUAGUCCUCGGAACCGAUACACACCGACACAAGGAUCGCACAGCAGUCGGCCACACCAUCAAAGCCAAUCGUAUUCGAAACCAAGCGCAAGUAACGGCGACGACGAUUGGGACAAUGAUUGGGAUGGUGCACCAACGCAAAGGACUACACCAAAACAAAACAACAAAUCUUCGUAUUCAGCCGAAGAUGACUGGGAUGAAGCAUCGGCCAGUUGGGAAGCUCGAGUUGCAUCGAAAUCGAAUACCCCACGUUUCGAUGAUAAGAGCAAACAAACACAGUAUCAAAGUGGCAAGAGUCCACGUUCCGUUCGAAGUACGCUGCGCACCGAUACCUCGCCCCGAUCAAUGACUCUCGGCGAUGCAACGCCACUGUAUGACGAAAAUAUUUAAACUCAUUCAAUGCAGCAACAACCUCAUUAUCUAAAACAGAAAAACAAUUAGGUUAAUUUAUAAUGGAAUCAUCGCCAAUUGCUUAUUUAUUCCAAUUGCUAUGAAUUGCUUUGUUGUAAAUCACUCCAAACAGCAGAAGAAGCAAGGAAACAAAAACAAAAUAUUUGAUUGACGAACGAAUAUUUUCUUAUUUCGGUAAUAAAAACAAAACAAUUGAAUGAAAAUUCAGUGGAUUUUUUUAAAAAUAUAAAUGCGUUUUCUUUCGAUUACACAAAUCGAUCAUUACGGAAUUAUCAACUUUUUUCUCUUUUUUUUUUGAAGUUUAAACCAAAUUUGCAUUAUCUAAAUUUAUUUGUUUUAUUACGAAAUAUUUUUAUUUUAAAUGAACUUAUCUUGAGUUCUCUACUGAAUCAUGUUUGAUUGUUUGAUUUAUCAAUUAACUCUCCAUUUGUCGCGAUUGAAUGAAGUAACAAUUCAAAGUAAAUUAUUUUGAUCAAUACAAGUAGCCAGAAUAUAAAUAAAUAAUGAUAUCCAAAAAUCAAUAUGAAUAAAGUAUAUCAUUUAUACAAAAUCA